AGAUGCGAGAGUGCACCCGCCGCCAGCACCAUGCGCCCCGCGCCCGCGCUGGCCCUGGCCUCGCUCUGCCUGCUGGCGCUGCCUGCCGCUGCCGCCGCCGCCGCCUACUUCGGCCUGACCGGUCGUGAGGUCCUCACACCCUUCCCAGACCUGGGCACAGCGGCAGCCCCGGCACAGGCUGGUGCCCACCUGAAGCAGUGUGACCUGCUGAAGUUGUCCAGGCGGCAGAAGCAGCUCUGCAGGAGGGAACCUGGCCUGGCUGAGACCCUGAGGGAUGCUGCACACCUGGGGCUGCUGGAAUGUCAGUUCCAGUUCAGGCAGGAGCGCUGGAACUGCAGCCUGGAGGGGAGGACUGGCCUGCUCCAGAGAGGCUUCAAGGAGACUGCCUUCCUGUAUGCAGUGUCUGCAGCUGCCCUCACGCAUGCGCUGGCCAGAGCCUGCAGUGCUGGGCGCAUGGAACGUUGCACCUGUGAUGACUCCCCAGGCCUGGAGAGCCGGCAGGCCUGGCAGUGGGGUGUGUGUGGUGACAAUCUGAAGUACAGCACCAAGUUCCUCAGCAACUUCCUGGGGCCCAAGAGAGGAAGUAAGGACCUGAGGGCGAGAGCUGACGCUCACAACACCCACGUGGGCAUCAAGGCUGUGAAGAGUGGCCUGAGAACAACCUGCAAGUGCCAUGGUGUGUCAGGCUCCUGUGCUGUGCGUACCUGUUGGAAGCAGCUCUCCCCAUUUCGCGAGACCGGCCAGGUGCUGAAGCUACGCUAUGACACGGCUGUCAAGGUGUCCAGUGCCACCAAUGAGGCCUUGGGCCGUCUGGAGCUAUGGGCACCUGCUAAGCCAGGUGGACCUGCCAAGGGCUUAGCACCUCGGCCUGGGGACCUGGUCUACAUGGAAGAUUCUCCCAGCUUCUGCCGGCCCAGCAAGUACUCUCCAGGCACAGCAGGCAGGGUGUGUUCUCGAGACUCAAGCUGCAGCAGCCUAUGCUGCGGGCGAGGCUACGACACCCAGAGCCGCAUGGUGGUUUUCUCCUGCCACUGUCAGGUGCAGUGGUGCUGCUAUGUGGAGUGCCAGCAGUGCGCAGAGCAGGAACUUGUGUACACAUGCAAGCGCUAGGCCUCCAC